CUCGUAUCAGUCGCUAUUCAACCGCCAAGUUAGGUGGAUCGAUUAUAUUGGCUACGGUAUAGAAAUAAAAAUGUUGAAGUGUAUAAACCGACUGACCAGUGCUUUAAUGCCUGCAAUGAUUUUUAUACUUUGUCUUCUUGUUUGGAGUGAUCUUUACGCAUUGACCGCGGCGCGUACGUCGGAUAUUUUAAAAGUGCAACUACCACAUGGAGGAGUACUAGUUGGACGUCAUCAGAUCUCACAUAAAGGACGUCAUGUAAGAGCUUUUUUGGGUAUACCCUAUGCUCUGCCACCCGUUGGAGAAUUGCGAUUCAAGCCACCUGUGCCGUAUGGCUCUUGGUUGGGUGAGCGACUCGCUGUACAAGAUUCAGAUGUUUGUAUACAUCGUGAUCCUUUCACACGGCAAAUGGAAAUCCACGGCAGCGAGGAUUGUCUGUAUCUAAAUGUUUAUACUCCAGAGCAACCCAAAUCAUCGAAACCCUUGCCGGUUAUGUUCUAUAUACACGGCGGUGGCUUUAUAAGCGGUUCCGGCAUAAGCAGCUACUAUCCUCCGGAUUACUUACUCGAUCAUGAUAUCAUACUCGUUUCGGGAAAUUACCGCUUAGGCCCACUCGGUUUCCUGAGCUCUGAAACUUUAGACUGUCCCGGCAAUUUCGGCUUAAAGGAUCAAGUGGAAAUGUUGCGUUGGGUGCAGAAAAAUAUUGCAGCUUUCGGUGGAGAUCCGAAUAGUGUAACGAUAUUCGGUAACAGCGCGGGCAGUGCUAGUGUCACAUACCAGUUGAUCUCAAAUUCAACAAAAGGUCUCUUCCACAAAGCCAUUGCACAAUCGGGCACCUAUUUCUGUCCAUGGGGACAACCAGAGCAUAAAGGUAUUGCCGCAAAGCGUGCCCGAGAGAUGGCACAAAUGGUUGGCUGCAAUCCUGACGAAAAAUGGCAAAAACUAUUGCGGUGUUUGCGCACCAAGAAUGCUGAUGAUAUUGUUGCAACACUUUACGAAUUUUUCGAAUGGGACUUCGAUCCGGCGAUACCAUUUCAACCAGUCGUGGAGCCGCCACAUAAAGACGCAUUCCUCACAGCUUCUCCACGUGAUACCGACAUACCACAUGGUUUCUCCUUACCCCUCAUAAUAGGAAUCACUUCAGAGGAGGGUCUACUUAAGACCGCGCCGAUUCUUAACUUGCCUGGCCUCUUGGACGAAUAUAAAACACAAUUUCACACGAUUCUACCAAUUCAACUACAGUACGAUCAUCAUUCAGCAGAAGUGCGCGAAGAAAUUACAAAAAAAAUUGAAGAUUUUUACUUUAAAGAGGGGCAUACGUAUGACAAAUACAACCAUCAAAAUUUUACUGAUCUUCUUUCAGAUGGCAUGUUUGUUGUUGGCGUUGAUGAAUAUAUACACCAGCGUGUAGAAGCUCAAAAUUCAUUGGAUUUGCCUCCAUUUUAUGUAUAUAUCUUCGAACACCGCGCCCCAGCUAGUUUAACAGAGCUUUUCGAAGGUGGAAGCGAGGAUUUUUAUGGUGUCUGUCAUGCUGAGGAAUUGCAAUACCUCUUUCCAGUAGGACUACAGUGGUUCGUAAGCGCAACCCCCACUGAAGACGACGUGAAACUCCGUGAGGCUAUUCUACAGAUGUGGGUGAACUUCGCUACAGAAGGUAACCCAACGCCCACGCAGUCUGCUCUUCCGCAGUGGGAGCCAGUCAAAGGCUACCCAGUGAAUUACGCCCAAUUGGGGCACAAAAGCCCAGAAGAAUUUACAAUACUGCAAAUGGAGCGGGAUGUCUAUGGAAAUCGUAUAAAGUUCUGGCAACAACUUCAAGCUCAUAUUCCGGCAGAACAGCGCAAAAGGAAAAUAAGAGAUGAACUAUAAGCAACGGAAGUGUCGCAAUUGCCCUUGAUGUACAUGCAUAGUAUUACUAAGAUGUAUUGCAUAUACGAGUAUAUAAUGUUUGCUUUUUGGCACAGUUAUAAUUUUUUUAAACAUAAUGUGGCAUAUAUCUGUGGACAUUUUCGAAAACAACUUAUGUGACUUUAACAGGUUUUGCUUUGAAGCCAAUAAAUGUUAUUAAAUUA